UUAGGACUCGCCCCUGUGUAUCAGACAAAGUUGAAGUCCAAUCUGAGAGAGAAGUUUAAAAGAAUUAAUGAAGGAAUCUCACAGCAUGGAAGCUCAGCACUUCUGAAUGAGAUCUACACUGAGCUCUACAUCACAGAGGGUUGGAGUGGAGACGUCAAUAAUGAACAUGAGGUGAGACAGAUUGAGGCAGCGUCCAGGAGACCAGCAACACAGGAGAAACCCAUCAAAUGUAAUGAGAUCUUUAAAGACAAGUCCAUCAGAACUGUGCUGACUAAAGGAGUUGCUGGAAUUGGAAAAACAGUCUCUGUGCAGAAGUUCAUCCUGGACUGGGCUGAAGGAGAAGUAAAUCAGGACAUCACUUUCAUGUUUCCACUUCCAUUUAGAGAGCUGAAUCUGAUGAAGCAACAAAAUCUCAGUCUGAUGAAACUUCUUCAUCACUUUUUCCCAGAAAUAAGAAAACUAGAAUCAAUAGACUGUGACUCCUACAAAGUGGUGUUGAUCUUUGAUGGUCUGGAUGAGUGUCGACUUCCUCUAAAUUUCCAGAAGAAUGAGAGAUUGUGUGAUGUGAGAGACUCAGCCUCAGUGGAUGUGCUGCUGACGAACCUCAUCAAGGGGAAUCUGCUUCCCGCUGCUCUUCUCUGGAUAACCACAAGACCAGGAGCAGCCAAUCAGAUCCCUCCUGAGUGUGUAGACCAGGUAACAGAGGUACGAGGCUUCAGUGAUCCUCAGAAAGAGGAGUACUUCAGGAAGAGGAUCAGUGAUCAGAGCCUGGCCAAUAAAAUCAUCACACACCUGAAGUCUUCAAGAAGCCUCUACGUCAUGUGCCACAUCCCAGUCUUCUGCUGGAUCUCAGCCACUGUUCUAGAGAGAAUGUUGGGUGAAGCAGAGGGUGGAGAGAUCCCCAAGACUCUGACUCAAAUGUUCACACACUUCCUGAUCUUUCAGAUCAAACACAAGGACCAAAAGUACCAUCAGAAAUGUGACCCUGAUCCAAAGCAGACCAGAAAGAGUAUCAUGGCACUGGGAAAACUGGCUUUCCACCAGCUGGAGAAAGGAAACCUGAUCUUCUAUGAGGAAGACCUGAGAGAAUGUGGCAUUGAUGUCAGAGAAGUGUCAGUGUACUCAGGAGUGUGUACCCAGAUCUUCAGAGAGGAGUUUGGGCUUCACCUGGGGAAGGUGUUCAGUUUCGUACAUCUGAGUGUUCAGGAGUUUCUGGCUGCUUUAUACACAUUUCUGUAUUUCAUCUCAAAAAAGAGAAAUGUGUUAGUGAAGCAAGAUCUUAAAAGUUUCAUCAGAAAUCCAAGCAUGUCUGAUCUCCUCAGGAGUGCAGUGGACAAGGCCUUACAGAGUGAGAAUGGACACCUGGACCUGUUCCUCCGCUUCCUUCUGGGUCUCUCACUGGAGACCAAUCAAACUCUUUUACGAGACUUAAUGCCACAGACAGGAAGCAGAUCUCACAGCAAACAGGAAACAGUGGAGUACAUCAAGGAGAAGAUCAGGGAGAAUCCAUCUCCAGAGAAAUCCAUCAAUCUGUUCCACUGUCUGAAUGAACUGAAUGAUGAUUCUCUAGUGCAGGAAGUACAAACUUACCUGAACAGAGGAGGUUACAGUCCCCUCAGUGACACCAGACUCUCUCCUGCUCAGUGGUCAGCUCUGGUGUUUGUGUUACUGACCUCAGAACAGGAGCUGGAUGUGUUUAAUUUGAGUAAAUAUUAUCAGUCACAUGAAGGUCUUCUGAAGCUGCUGCCAGUGGUCAAAGCCUCCAGAGAAGCUGUGCUGUGUCGGUGUUAUCUGACAGAGGAAAGCUGUAGAGUUCUGUCCUCAGUUCUCAGCUCAAACUCCUCCAGACUGAGAGAACUGGACCUGAGUGACAAUAAACUGCAGGAUUCAGGAGUGAAGCUGCUCUCUGAUGGACUGAAGGAUCCACACUGUACACUGGAGAAUCUGUGGCUGCGUCUCUGUAAUCUGACAGAGGAAAGCUGUAGAGCUCUGUCCUCAGUUCUCAGCUCAAACUCCUCCAGUCUGAGAGAACUGGACCUCAGUUACAAUAAACUGCAGGAUUCAGGAGUGAAGCUGCUCUCUGAUGGACUGAAGGAUCCACACUGUACACUGGAGCAUUAA